UGCUCCGGGGACGGUCCCUCCGCUCCGGGCUGUCCCAGCCCGGGGAGCCCCGGUGAUGGCAGCGCGGGGGACAGCCGCCAGCCCUGCUUGUGAUUUCCCCUCCUUUCCAAGCUCUGUCUGGAGCCCACGGCCCUCGGAGAUGGGAGAGGAUGCCGAGGCCCUGCGGUGGCCCUGAAGACUCUCCGGGGAUGCGGUGGCCGGCGGGACAGCCCAUGGCAGCGCGGCGGGGCCGCGGGGGCUCUGCCAGCAGCGUGCUGGGGCUGAGCCGCUCGGCGCUGCGGCUGCCGGCGCUCUGGUGGUGGUACCUGUUCCUGAGCGCCGAUGCCCAGGAGGUGGCCACGUUCACGGUGCAGUACCGGGUGCUGGAGGAGGUGCCCCCGGGAACUGUCAUAGGGAGCCUGGCCGAGCACUUCGAGGGCGGCGAGAGCGGCGAGGCGGCCGAGACCUUCCAGCUGAUGGAGACCCCCGGGAGGUUCCCGCUGCACGUGGGCAGCGGGGAUGGGGUGCUCAGCACGGCUGGGCGGGUGGACAGGGAGCAGCUGUGCCGCCACAGUGAUCCCUGCUGGGUGUCCUUCGACGUGCUGGCCGCCCAGAACCCGGCCCUGAUCCAUGUGGAGGUUCAGGUGAUGGACAUCAACGACAACGCACCGCGGUUCCCCACGCCCGAGCUGGAGCUGGAGAUCUCGGAGAGCGCAUCCCUGCGGACACGGAUCCCGCUGGAUCGAGCCCUGGAUGCUGACGCUGGCCCCAACGCCCGCUGCUCCUAUGCCCUCUCCCCCAGUGAGCACUUUGCUCUGGAGGUCGUCUCCAGCUCCGAUGGGACGAGGCACGCGGAGCUCGUCGUGGUUAAGGAGGUGGACCGGGAGCUGCACUCCUCCUUUGACCUUGUGCUGACAGCCACUGAUCAUGGGGAGCCACCAAAAUCAGGUACUGCUUUGAUUAAAGUUAUUGUCCUUGACUCCAAUGACAACAGCCCCGUGUUUGCAGAGAGCUCCCUGACAGUGGAGGUUUGGGAGGACGCCCAGCCUGGGACCCUCCUCGUGACCGUCACGGCCACUGACCCCGACCAGGGUCCCAAUGGGGAGAUCGAGUACAGCCUGAGCAGGCACGCGCCCCCCGAGGUGCUGAGCACCUUCAGCAUCGACGCCCGCACGGGCAGCAUCCUCCUGAGGCUCCCUCUGGACUAUGAGGAGACCCACGCCUACGAGCUGGACGUGCAGGCACGGGACCUGGGCGCCAACCCCAUCCCGGCACACUGCAAGGUCCUGAUCAAGGUCCUGGAUGUCAAUGACAAUGCUCCCGAUGUCCACGUCACCUGGGCCACGCGGGAGCCCGUGCUGUCCGAGGCCCUCCCCAAGGACAGCUUUGUGGCCCUGGUGACAGCCAGUGACCCUGACUCAGGAAGCAAUGGGCAGGUGCUCUGCUCCCUCAGCCAGGGCUACGAGCACUUCAGGCUGAAGAGGACAAACAGCCACAGCUUCGCGCUGCUGACCAGCGCCUCGCUGGACCGCGAGCGGCGCGCCGAGUACAACCUGACGCUGGUGGUGCGGGACAUGGGGGACCUGUCCCUGGCCGUGCUGAAACACCUCACCAUCUGCAUCAGCGACGUCAAUGACAAUGCCCCAGCCUUUGAGAAGGUCGCCUACGAGGCUGCUGUUGCUGAGAAUGGUGAAGCACCUGCCUUCCUGCUCACUGUCCGUGCCACUGACCCUGACCUGGGCUCCAACGGGAAAGUCACCUACAGGAUCCUGGACCCCUCUGCUUUGGGGCUGGUCUCAGUUGACCCCAUCACUGGAGACAUUUUUGCCCUCCGAGCUUUUGAUUAUGAGCAGGUGAGGAGCCUAGAGUUCCUGGUGACAGCAGAGGAUGGAGGGCAUCCCAAGCUGGCAUCCAACAUCUCCAUCAGGCUGGCUGUGCUCGACCGGAACGACAACGCACCCAUAAUCACCACACCAGCGUUGGUGGGAGGGGUGGCCACGCUCUCUGUCCUGAUCAAUGUGGACACCGGGUGCUGCUGGGUGGUCCCUGGGAAUGGGAGCACCCAGGGGGCUGCAGCAAUGACCAAUUCCACACUUGUGUCUUGCCCUGCCAACCCCUUCCUCUUCACCAUCGUGGCCCGGGAUGUGGACUCCGGCACCAACGGGGCUCUCCGGUAUGAUCUGGUGGGUGGGGAUGAUGCUGGGCUCUUCAUCCUGGACCCGCUCCUGGGGCAGGUGUCCCUCAACGCCAGCAAUGCCAGCAGCCUGGCCGGCAGCCAGCGGGAGCUGCUGGUGCGGGUGAGUGACCAGGGGGACACCCCCCUGCACACCCUGGCCCGGCUCCGCUUGCUGUUCCGGCGGCACGGGGCCUUCUCCAAGAUGUCAGCGCGGGAUCCCGGCUGGCCCAGCCUCUCCGUGCUGCUGCUCAUCUGCCUGGCCGCUCUGCUGGGCGGCUGCGUGCUGCUGCUGGCGCUGACCCUGUCCCUGCGCAAGAAGGACAAGAAGGACGGCAUGGCCUACAACUGCCGGGAGGCGGAGGACGCCCGCAGGCAGCAGCAGCUCAAGAAGCCGCACAGGCAGAUCCAGAAGGCCGACAUCCACCUGGUGCCGCUGCUCCGGGGCCGCCCCCGGGAGCCCGAGCCCCUCCGGGCCUGCCAGGAGGAGCAGCCUGGCACAGGCACCCCUGCGGCCGGGGGGUCCCCGCAGGCUCCCCUGCACCUCACCCCCACUCUCUACAGGACGCUGAGGAAUCAGAGGACACAAAAGGGCUCGGAGGAGCAGCAGGGAACCUUGGAGCUGCCCGUCCUGCAGCGCCGGCCCUGCCCGCCCCACAGAGCCAAACAGGCCGUGAGGGAGGCUGCGGGCCCCGCGGAGGCACCGCCGCACGGCAAGAGCUUGGUGAAGCCACCCAUGGGAGAGCUCCGAGUGCCAGCCGAGCAGCCCGUGGGUGCGGGGGGACCCGGGCAGCCCCAGCCCCACCAGCAGAUCCUCAGGAGCCUGGUCCGGCUGUCGCUGGUGGCCCUGGCGGAGCAGAGCUCGACCGGGGAGUUCGCCAUGGAGUCGCCCCCAGUGCAGCAAAUCUCCCAGCUGCUCUCGCUGCUGCACCAGGGCCAGUUCCAGCCUAAAACAAACUACAGGGGAAACAAGUACACGGCCAAGAACGGCAGCAGGGCUGCAGGGCUGGACAUGGGGCUGGACACGGGGCUGGACACAGGGCUGGACACGGACUGCCUGAGCACCAAGGACAGCGGGCACGGCGAGAGCGAGGCCGGGGACCGCGACUGCGACAGCGCCGUCGAGCUCUCCGUGCAGCAGCUCGUGGGAGAGGAGCUGGAGACCCUCCUGGAGCCACAGGCAGAGCUGGCCCUCAAGAGGCUGACAGCUGCAGACCCAGAGUGGGUGGCCCGGCUGUCCCUGCCCCUCACCAGCAGCUACAAGGACAACGUCUUCUGCCCCGACUCGCCGUGCUCCCCCGAGGAUGAGGAAGCUGCAAGGCAGGAGAAACCGAGGACCUUUGAGACCUUUGGCAAAGGUGCUGGGGCUGACCCUGGUGGCAGUGGGACGAGGCUGGCCAGCACCUUCCUGUCGGAGAUGAGCACCCUGUUUGAGAUGAUCCUGUCCCAGAAGGUGCAGGUGCACAGCGAGGCGGGCGCGGGGCUGCUGCGGCAGCUCUCGGCUCGCGGGCACAGCCUCGGCCUGGGGGACGCUGCUCCAGGGCUGUAGCAGCUCGGUGGCUGUGGCAGGGAGAGAACAGUCAGAGAUUGGGGUGCCCAGCCCUAUCCCCAGCCCCAGCAGGGUCACUGUAUGACCCAUGCCUAGACAGGUGUACUCCUUCCUUUGCCUUGCCCCAUCGAAUUUCUCCACAACUGAUUUCACCUUUAGUUCCCCUCCAGCUGCCUGUCCUUGCCUUCCUCCUCUCCCACCCUGCUCUCCCAGUGCUCUGCCAGCCUCCCAUCCCACCCAGCAGCAGGAGGGCCUUUCCUCCCAGGACAGGCCCAGGCAAGGGGGUUGUGAGAACAACCACAGCACAGUGAGAUACAUCCAUGUGAUCACAGACUGUGAAAGUACCUGUCACGGACACUGCUGCAGCUGGGCUCCAGGGUUUCAGUUAUUUAAAUAAAACUGUUUUUUUCUAACACUACCCUCUCUGUCAGCAGUGGAGCUGACAUAAUACAUGUGCAGAAAGCCUGAAGUGGCAGCUGGGGAAGGGGAGAUGAGCCUGUUGUCUCCCACAGGUCCUUCCAGCUUCUGUGGUUCUGCCACUGGGAAGUUGGCAUUUUUUA